CUUCCCAGACAGACCCCUCGCAUCGGGAGCUACAGUAAUCGAGACGCCUCCUCUGCGCUCACUGUUGCCGCGGCUGCUGCUCCUCAUUCGCCGCUGCUGCUACUUGCUGCUCCCUCCACAAGGUGCCCCCGGAGCUUCAUCCUUUAACCUCCUCCCUUUAUCCAGGUCCGACGGCUGCGCUCCCGCCGCUGCGGGCACCACCGGAGUCAUCGCCGGAGGAGCUGUCCCGUCACGGACCCCGGCACGCUGCGGCCACCCCGGAAGAUUCAUUCAUGUUGUUGUGAUCUGAAAGGGCAGAAAUGAAGACAGCGCUGUGCUCGGCAGUCGCUGCUCUGUGUGCAGCCACCCUCCUCUCCUCCAUCGAGGCUGAAGUUAACCCACCAUCAGACUUGAAUUUUACAAUUAUAGAUGAACAUAAUGUUCAAAUGUCAUGGAAAAGGCCACCGGAUGCAAUAGUGGGUUACAGAAUAACUGUGGUUCCAACAAAUGAUGGACCUACUAAAGAAUUUACUCUUUCACCUAGCACUACCCAAACUGUCAUAUCAGAUCUUAUACCUGAUGUAGAGUAUAUUGUAUCAAUAGCUUCAUAUGACAACAGAGAGGAGAGUCUGCCUGUUUUUGGCCAGCUGACAAUUCAGACAGGCGGCCCAGGGAUACCAGAGGAAAAGAAGGUUGAGGCUCAAUUACAAAGAUGCUCCAUAAGUGCAAUGACAGAUUUAGUUUUCCUGGUAGAUGGUUCAUGGAGUGUAGGAAGAAAUAACUUUGGAUAUAUUCUGGACUUCAUGGUUGCUCUUGUAUCAGCUUUUGACAUUGGGGAAGAAAAGACAAGAGUUGGAGUUGUUCAGUACAGUUCAGAUACAAGAACAGAGUUCAAUUUAAAUCAAUAUUUCAGAAGAAGUGAUCUGAUUGAUGCAAUUAAAAGGAUACCUUACAAAGGUGGCAACACAAUGACAGGUGAGGCUAUUGAUUACCUUGUUCAAAACACCUUCACUGAGUCUGCUGGAGCAAGAAAAGGCUUUCCCAAAGUAGCCAUUGUCAUUACUGAUGGAAAAGCUCAAGAUGAUGUAGAAAUUCCUGCAAGAGAGCUUCGCAACAUAGGAGUUGAAGUUUUUUCUUUGGGUAUCAAAGCAGCAGAUGCAAAGGAACUCAAGCUAAUUGCAUCUCAGCCAUCACUGAAGCAUGUGUUCAAUGUGGCUAAUUUUGAUGGAAUUGUGGAUAUACAGAAUGAAAUUAUCUUGCAAGUGUGCUCCGGUGUUGAUGAACAACUAGGUGAACUGGUUAGUGGGGAAGAAGUGGUGGAGCCUCCUUCAAAUCUGGUGGCAACUCAGAUCUCCUCAAAAUCUAUUAGAAUCACUUGGGAUCCAUCCACAAGCCAAAUAACUGGCUAUCGUCUGCAGUUCAUUCCAAUGAUAGCUGGGGGAAAGCAACAUGUACUGAGUGUGGGUCCUCAGACAACUGCUCUGAAUGUUAAAGAUCUCUCUCCAGACACAGAGUACCAAAUUAAUGUUUAUGCAAUGAAAGGACUGACCCCCAGUGAGCCAAUAACGAUAAUGGAAAAAACACAACAAGUAAAAGUUCAAGUGGAAUGCUCACGUGGUGUGGAUGUAAAAGCUGAUGUUGUGUUUUUAGUGGAUGGUUCCUACAGCAUUGGUAUCGCCAAUUUUGUAAAAGUAAGAGCCUUUUUGGAAGUGUUAGUUAAAAGCUUUGAGAUAUCACCUCGAAAAGUACAGAUAAGUCUUGUCCAAUACAGCAGAGAUCCCCAUAUGGAGUUUUCUUUGAACAGAUACAACAGAGUGGAAGACAUAAUUCAGGCUAUUAACACCUUCCCCUACAGAGGUGGAUCUACCAACACAGGCAAAGCAAUGACAUAUGUGAGGGAGAAAGUGUUUGUUACCAGCAAAGGAUCAAGACCAAACGUGCCAAGAGUAAUGAUUCUUAUCACUGAUGGAAAAUCGUCAGAUGCUUUUAAAGAACCUGCAAUUAAGCUGAGGGAUGCAGAUGUAGAAAUAUUUGCAGUUGGUGUGAAGGAUGCAGUGCGCACAGAGUUGGAAGCUAUCGCAUCACCUCCUGCGGACACCCAUGUUUACACAGUGGAAGAUUUUGAUGCUUUUCAAAGAAUAUCAUUUGAACUUACACAGUCUGUCUGCCUACGAAUUGAGCAGGAGCUGGCUGCUAUAAGGAGAAAAUCUUACGUACCUGCAAAGAACAUGGUCUUUUCUGACAUAACAUCAGAGAGUUUCAAAGUGAGCUGGUCUCCAGCUGGAUCUGAGGUUUUGUCCUAUCUCAUUAAAUACAAAGUAGCAGUCGGUGGAGAUGAAUUCAUUGUUUCUGUACCAGCUUCAAGUACUAGCUCAGUUCUCACCAAUUUACUACCUGAAACUACUUAUGCAGUCAGUGUGAUUUCUGAAUAUGAAGAUGGUGAUGGCCCUCCCUUGGAUGGAGAGGAAACCACCUUAGAAGUUAAAGGUGCUCCUCGAAACUUAAGGAUUACAGAUGAAACUACCGAUAGCUUUGUAGUUGGCUGGACUCCAGCUCCAGGAAAUGUCCUACGGUACAGGCUUGUUUAUAGACCACUUACUGGAGGAGAAACGAGACAAGUGACUGUCUCAGCAAAUGAUAGGUCAACUACUCUGCAGAAUUUGAUCCAAGAUACAAGAUAUGAAGUGUCUGUUGUCCCUGAGUAUCAGUCUGGGCCUGGGAAUUCAUUGAAUGGAUAUGCAAAAACUGAUGAAGUCCGAGGAAAUCCAAGAAAUUUGAGAGUUUCUGAUGCUACAACAUCAACAAUGAAGCUGUCUUGGGCUGCUGCUCCUGGCAAAGUGCAGCAGUACUUUAUAACGUACACUCCAGUCGCAGGAGGUGAAACUAAGGAAGUGACUGUGAAAGGUGACACUACCUCUAAAGUGCUGAAAGGCUUGGACCAAGCCACUAGGUAUGCGCUGACUGUGUCUGCCUUGUAUGCCUCUGGAGCAGGAGAUGCCCUUUCGGGCGAGGGAGAAACACUUGAAGAACGCGGUUCACCACGUAAUUUGGUUACCACAGACAUAACUGACACUACAGUUGGGUUAUCAUGGACACCAGCUCCAGGAACAGUUGACCAUUACAGGAUAGUAUGGAAAUCAUAUUAUGAUGAUACCAUGGGAGAGAAGAGAGUCCCUGGAAAUACAGUGGAUGCUGUGAUAGAAGGCUUGGAGCCAGAGACUAAAUACAGGAUUUCAGUAUAUGCAGCCUACAGCAGUGGAGAAGGAGACCCAGUCGAAGGAGAGGCUUUUACUGAUGUGUCACCAAAUGCCAGGACUCUGACAGUAGACAAUGAGACAGAAAAUACAAUGAGACUUACGUGGAAGCCUUCGCCUGGGAAAGUCUUGUCUUACCGUGUGAACUACAGAGCGCGCAGCGGAGGAAGGCAAAUGUCUGGAAGAGUAAAUGCUCCUGCUACCAGCAUAGUGUUAAAGCGACUUAAGCCCCGCACUACAUAUGACCUAACUGUUGUUCCAAUUUAUGAUUUUGGACACGGCAAAUCAAGAAAAGGAGAAGGGACAACAGCCUCUCCCUUUAAGCCACCUCGAAAUCUGAGAACUUCUGAUUCAACUAUGUCAAGCUUCCGAGUAACCUGGGAGCCAGCCCCGGGGAGAGUGAAGGGCUACAAAGUAACUUUCCACCCUACUGAAGAUGACAGGAGCCUUGGAGAAUUAAUAGUGGGGCCAUAUGACAGCACAGUAGUAUUGGAGGAGCUUAGGGCAGGAACUACCUAUAAGGUAAAUGUUUUUGGGAUGUUUGAAGGAGGAGAGAGCAACCCUCUGGUUGGACAAGAGAUGACCACCCUUUCAGAUACUACUACGGAGCCAUUUUUAUCUAGAGGUUUAGAAUGUAGAACCAGAGCAGAAGCUGAUAUUGUGCUGCUGGUGGAUGGCUCAUGGAGUAUCGGGCGGCCAAAUUUUAAAACCAUCAGGAACUUCAUUGCCCGUAUUGUUGAAGUUUUUGAUAUUGGUCCUGACAAAGUACAGAUUGGUCUUGCACAGUAUAGUGGUGAUCCCAGGACAGAAUGGAAUCUCAAUGCUUACCGAACCAAACAGUCUUUGUUAGAGGCUGUAGCCAACUUACCAUACAAAGGAGGCAAUACUCUAACAGGAAUGGCCUUGGAUUUCAUCUUAAAAAACAACUUCAAACCAGUUGCCGGCUUAAGACCCAGAGCUCGCAAAAUUGGUGUUCUCAUCACUGAUGGCAAAUCACAAGAUGAUGUAGUUGCCCCUUCAAGAAAACUCAGAGAUGAGGGAGUGGAACUGUAUGCAAUUGGUAUUAAAAAUGCAGAUGAAAAUGAAUUGAAGCAGAUUGCAACAGAUCCAGACGACAUCCAUGCUUACAAUGUUGCAGAUUUCUCCUUCCUGGCUACCAUUGUUGAUAAUGUAACCACGAACCUAUGUAACAGUGUGAAAGGUCCAGGUGAUUUGCCACCUCCUUCAAAUUUAGUUAUUUCAGAAGUAACACCUCGUUCUUUCAGACUGAGAUGGAGCCCACCUCCUGAGAGUGUUGAUAGAUACAGAGUAGAAUAUUACCCUACCUCUGGAGGUAGUCCUAAACAGUUUUAUGUAAGUAGGAUGGAAAGAACAACAGUUCUGAAAGAUCUGCAGCCUGAAACAGAAUAUGUGGUUAAUGUGUUUUCUGUGGUAGAAGAUGAAAGCAGUGAACCUCUGAUCGGCAGGGAAACAACUUUGCCAAUCUCUUCAGUUAGAAAUUUGAAUGUUUAUGACAUUGGAUCAACUUACAUGCGAGUGAGAUGGGAACCUCUCAAUGGAGCUACUGGUUAUUUGUUAACAUAUGAACCUGUGAAUGCCACAGUCCCAGCCACAGAGAAAGAGAUGCGUGUGGGACCAUCAGUGAAUGAGGUGCAGCUGGUAGAUCUCAUCCCCAACACCGAGUACACUUUAACAGCUUACGUAUUGUUUGGUGAUAUGCAGAGUGACCCACUCACCACACAGGAAGUGACAUUACCUUUGCCUGGACCCAGAAGUUUAACAAUUCAGGAUGUUACUCACAGCACCAUGAAAGUCGUUUGGGAUCCUGCCCCAGGAAAAGUUCGAAAAUACAUCCUAAGAUACAAAAUAGCUGAUGAUGCUGAUGUAAAGGAGGUGGAACUUGACCGACUCAAAACCAGCACUACUCUCUCUGAUCUUUCCUCCCAAACACUGUACAAUGUAAAAGUUGUUGCUGUAUAUGACGAAGGGGAAUCCAUACCAACAAAUGCAGAAGCUGUCACUCAGCCUGUGCCAGCACCAGUCAAUCUCAGAAUCACAGAUAUAACUACGAAUAGUUUCAGAGGUACUUGGGAUCAUGGAGCUCCAGAUGUCUCUCUAUAUAGAAUAACAUGGGGGCCCUAUGGAAGAGGAGAAAAACAGGAGACUAUCUUAAAUGGGGAAGAGAAUAGUGUGGUCUUUGAAAAUUUGAAUCCAGAUACAUUAUAUGAUGUCUCAGUUACUGCCAUCUAUCCUGAUGAAUCAGAAAGUGAUGUGCUCAUUGGCAGUGAAAGAACAUUACCCUUGGUACCUAUCACUACACAAGCCCCAAAGAGUGGCCCACGAAACCUUCAGGUGUACAAUGCAACUUCACACAGUUUGACUGUCAAAUGGGAUCCUGCCAGUGGUCGAGUGCAGAGAUACAGGAUCAUUUACCAGCCCAUCAGUGGGGAUGGCCCUGAACAGUCGACUACUGUUGGGGGACGACAGAACAGUGUGGUGAUACAGAAGCUGCAGCCUGACACACCAUAUGCUAUUACUGUGUCAUCAAUGUACGCAGAUGGUGAAGGGGGACGAAUGACAGGACGAGGCAGAACCAAACCGCUCACUACUGUGAAGAACUUGCUAGUUUAUGACCCAACCACCAGUACUCUGAAUGUUCGAUGGGAUCAUGCAGAAGGAAGUCCUCGCCAGUACAAAGUGUUUUAUGGACCUACAGCUGGAGGUGCAGAAGAAAUGACCACAGUACCAGGAAAUACAAACUAUGUCAUUCUGAGGACUCUUGAACCGAACACACCUUACACUGUAACUGUGGUUCCAGUUUUCCCAGAGGGGGAUGGUGGACGUACCUCUGACACUGGACGCACCUUGGAGAGAGGAACACCAAGAAACAUUCACGUUUACAAUCCCACACCAAACAGCAUGAAUGUCCGUUGGGAACCUGCUCCAGGUCCAGUACAGCAAUAUAGAAUUAAUUAUGCUCCACUGUCUGGCCCAAGGCCAUCAGAAUCUAUUGUGGUGCCAGGCAACACUCGUGAUGUAAUUCUGGAGCGCUUGACUCCUGACACUGCUUACUCAAUAAAUGUUAUAGCUCUGUAUGCAGAUGGAGAGGGAAAUCCAAGCCAAGCACAGGGAAGAACAUUGCCUCGCAGUGGCCCAAGGAAUGUGAGAGUAUUUGAUGAGACUACAAACAGCCUUUCUGUACAAUGGGACCAUGCUGAUGGGCCAGUCCAGCAGUACAGAAUCAUUUAUUCACCCACUGUGGGAGACCCUAUUGAUGAAUAUACAACAGUUCCUGGCAUAAGGAAUAAUGUGAUACUGCAACCACUACAAUCAGAUACGCCAUAUAAAAUUACUGUUGUUGCUGUGUACGAAGAUGGAGAUGGUGGACAACUGACUGGAAAUGGCAGAACUGUUGGCCUGCUUCCUCCUCAAAAUAUGUAUAUAACUGAUGAAUGGUAUACACGCUUCAGAGUUUCCUGGGAUCCUUCACCAUCUCCUGUUCUUGGCUAUAAAAUUGUAUACAAGCCUGUGGGUUCAAAUGAGCCCAGGGAGUUUUUUGUGGGAGAAGUGACUUCCUACAUUUUGCAUAAUCUGUCUCCCAGUACUACUUAUGAUGUGAAUGUUUAUGCCCAGUAUGAUUCUGGAAUGAGCAUACCUUUGACAGAUCAAGGCACUACAUUAUAUUUAAAUGUCACUGACCUAACAACUUACAAAGUGGGUUGGGAUACUCUCUGUAUUCGAUGGUCACCUCAUCGGUCAGCAACUUCCUACAGACUGAAGCUAAACCCAACUGAUGGUUCCAGAGGACAGGAGAUCACAAUUCGUGGGUCAGAAACAAGCCACUGUUUUACUGGCCUCUCACCAGACACAGAAUACAAUGCUACUGUCUUUGUUCAGACCCCUAACCUUGAGGGACCUCCAGUCUCUAUGAGGGAGCAUACAGUCCUCAAACCUACAGAGGCACCAACUCCACCACCUACACCUCCUCCACCUCCCACAAUCCCUCCAGCUCGGGAUGUAUGCAGAGGUGCCAAAGCAGACAUAGUAUUCUUGACUGAUGCUUCCUGGAGUAUUGGUGAUGAUAAUUUCAACAAAGUAGUAAAAUUUGUUUUCAGUACAGUAGGAGCCUUUGAUUUAAUCAAUCCUGCUGGAAUCCAGGUUUCAUUUGUGCAGUACAGUGAUGAAGCAAAAUCUGAAUUUAAGCUGAAUACAUUUGAUGACAAAGCCCAGGCCCUGGGUGCUCUUCAAAACAUUCAGUACAGAGGAGGAAACACAAGGACAGGCAAAGCCCUAACAUUUAUCAAAGAAAAGGUUUUGACUUGGGAGAGUGGCAUGAGGCGAGGUGUUCCCAAGGUACUUGUUGUUGUCACAGAUGGUCGGUCUCAGGAUGAGGUGAGGAAAGCAGCGACAGUCAUACAGCACUCUGGCUUCAGUGUCUUUGUAGUUGGUGUGGCUGAUGUGGAUUACAAUGAACUGGCCAAGAUUGCUAGCAAGCCCAGUGAGCGUCAUGUGUUUAUUGUUGAUGACUUUGAUGCCUUUGAGAAGAUUCAAGAUAACCUUGUUACCUUUGUGUGUGAGACAGCUACCUCAACUUGUCCCCUUAUUUACUUGGAGGGAUACACUUCACCUGGUUUCAAGAUGCUGGAAUCAUACAAUCUAACAGAGAAGCAUUUUGCUUCUGUACAAGGAGUUUCACUGGAAACAGGCUCUUUCCCAAGCUAUGUAGCAUAUAAACUCCACAAAAAUGCCUUUGUUAGCCAGCCAAUACGGGAGAUUCACCCGGAGGGGCUGCCACAGGCAUACACUAUCAUUCUGUUGUUCCGUCUUCUGCCUGAAUCCCCCAAUGAGCCUUUUGCAAUUUGGCAGAUUACAGACAGAGAUUACAAACCACAAGUUGGAGUUGUGCUUGAUCCUGCCAGCAAAGUGCUGUCAUUCUUUAACAAGGAUUCAAGAGGAGAAGUUCAAACUGUAACUUUUGACAAUGAUGAUGUAAAGAAAAUCUUUUAUGGAAGCUUCCAUAAGGUCCAUAUUGUUGUUACUUCAUCAAAUGUUAAGAUUUACAUUGACUGCAGUGAAAUAAUGGAAAAACCAAUUAAGGAGGCUGGCAAUAUCACAACUGAUGGCUAUGAAAUACUUGGGAAACUUCUAAAAGGCGACCGAAGAUCAGCAACAUUAGAAAUCCAGAAUUUUGAUAUUGUAUGCAGUCCAGUUUGGACUAGCAGAGACAGAUGCUGUGAUCUCCCUUCUAUGAGAGAUGAAGCAAAGUGCCCAGCUCUUCCAAAUGCUUGUACCUGUACUCAAGACAGUGUGGGACCUCCAGGACCUCCUGGACCAGCUGGUGGCCCAGGUGCUAAAGGUCCCAGAGGUGAAAGGGGUUUGACUGGAUCAUCUGGGCCUCCUGGUCCUCGUGGUGAAACAGGUCCUCCAGGUCCUCAAGGUCCCCCAGGUCCACAGGGUCCCAAUGGACUGUCAAUCCCAGGUGAACCGGGUCGUCAAGGAAUGAAAGGGGACGCUGGCCAGCCUGGACUCCCGGGUAGAUCGGGAACACCAGGUUUACCUGGUCCACCUGGACCAGUGGGACCUCCAGGAGAAAGGGGUUUCACAGGAAAAGAUGGUCCCACAGGUCCCAGAGGUCCACCAGGACCAGCGGGUGCUCCCGGAGUUCCAGGAGUUGCUGGUCCAAGUGGAAAACCAGGGAAACCAGGAGAUCGUGGGACACCAGGUACACCUGGAAUGAAGGGAGAAAAAGGUGACAGAGGUGAUAUUGCUUCUCAAAACAUGAUGCGAGCAGUUGCGAGACAAGUUUGUGAACAACUGAUAAAUGGUCAAAUGAGCCGGUUCAAUCAAAUGCUGAAUCAAAUUCCAAAUGAUUAUUAUUCAAACCGAAACCAGCCAGGGCCACCAGGUCCACCUGGUCCUCCGGGAGCUGCUGGGACAAGAGGAGAACCUGGACCUGGAGGAAGACCAGGAUUCCCAGGACCUCCUGGGGUUCAAGGACCACCUGGUGAAAGAGGAAUCCCUGGAGAGAAAGGUGAAAGAGGGACUGGAUCCCAAGGACCACGAGGUUUGCCAGGACCACCUGGUCCACAAGGAGAAUCUAGAACUGGUCCACCAGGCUCCACAGGAUCACGAGGACCACCAGGGCCGCCAGGCCGUCCUGGAAAUGCGGGUAUUCGGGGUCCCCCAGGGCCACCAGGAUAUUGUGAUUCGUCCCAGUGUGCUAGCAUCCCUUACAAUGGCCAAGGGUUCCCAGAACCAUACGUGCCUGAAAGUGGACCCUAUCAGCCUGAAGGUGAACCCUUUAUAGUACCUAUGGAGUCAGAAAGGAGAGAGGACGAGUAUGAGGACUAUGGAGUUGAAAUGCAUUCACCAGAAUACCCUGAGCACAUGCGCUGGAAAAGGUCACUGUCAAGAAAUGCAAAAACAAAACCGUAAAAGAUCUGUGUGUCUUGUUUUGGUUUUUUUUUGGUUGGUGAGGUUUUUUUGGUUUUGUUUUUUUUUUUUUUUUUUUGUUUUUUUUUUUUUUUUUUUUUUUUUUUUUUUUUUUUUUGCUGUGCUUGCAUUUGCAGAUACACACAGGAGAGUGCAUCAUUCCUUUUGCAAUAUGGCUUUUCUGGUCUUCUCAUGUCAGACGCACCCCUGUUUUGUAUCUCGCUUAUGUGGGGAUAGCAAUGUGUGUACCCAAACACUUCAUGUUGCUCUGGAAAUGCUUGUAAAAUACUGUUGCUUAUAGUGGUUGCAUACAGAUUAAGGUGUGCAUUCAGUUAUCCCAGUGCUGUCUUUUCAUUAAAAUAAUGUAAAAACAAUUACAUUAAAAAAAAAGAAAACCAAAAAACCAAAACAAAAAUUACCACAGAGCUGUUGCAAAUUUUUUAAGGACUGCUUUAGCUCUACAUUUUUCUUCUUUUUCAAAUGCAUGUUUUCAGUUCAAUCAGAUCACAGGUCUGCAAUAUCUAGUUAAAAAGAACCAAAAUUUUCCCUCUCCUUCCAGUAUCAUUGUAAUUUUCUUCUAUUCUGAGUUACAAGCUGCAGAGCAUAUACUGCUCUUAUACAUCUCCUCUAAACACCACAAACAUUAAGUAGCUGAAGUCAUUGUAUCAACUGGAUACAGUUUAAUAAUGCCUGAAAUCUCCUUGUUUGUAGACACAGUUACAUUUAUGCCAAAUUGCAGUCAAUCCUGCAGAGAUGGAAUUGCAUGUUUAUGUUGUAUAUUUAGUAUGGAUUUUUUUUUCAGAAUACAAUGUUUCUUAGUUACCAAAAGCAGUUGGAAAUUGUUUGCAAGACUAUGGAUAUAGAAUUGCUGCUUUUAUAUUUUAACUGCAAAUUGUGAAUUUCACUGCCUUAUAUUAUUUAUUUCUGAAAUGAAAGAGGCAUUUUUCAAUAAAACUACUGAAAAU